AUGCAGUCAACAUCUAAAUCUGGUGGACCAGAAAAUUGUGCAGGAUGUAAAAAAUCACUGUUAAAGAAGGAACACCUUCGCUGUAUCGCUUGCAAAGCAGCAUAUGAUAUUCUAUGUUUGAAUAUAAGCAGUGAACGAUAUCGCUCAUUCUAUUCUGCUAACUCAGAACGUAAGAAUAAUUGGAAAUGUCCUGAAUGCCUAAGCAAAAUCCCGAAACAGGGAAACCUGAAUACACCCGUUCGUGCGAAUCCACCAAGCAGCAUUAGUACCGAGGACGUUCUUGAUAUUGAGUCCCCUAUUGACAAUGAAAAUGUAACAUUACGAAGCAGGUCCACCAAAACAACUGUGAACGAGUCUUUACUAUUGUAUGACCUAAAAGACGAAACUGAAAGCUCACCAAAUUCUUCGAAUUAUGUAAAGGUUUUUGCGGAAGAAAUGCGUGCGAUGCGACAGGAAUUAAGUCGGAUGUGCGACAAAAUUACCAGUUUUACAGAUGCAAUAAAUACGCGAAUGGAUAGAUUGGAGCAAAGAGUAACUGUGAUUGAGAACAGAAAAAGUGAACUAGAGAGUUGUAAGAUACAGGAGCUAGAAAGCACAGUAUCACAGUUACAGAGGGAGUUACAAGAUCGCGAACAGGAAGCGCUAGGAAGCGACAUUGAGAUCGCGAGUCUUCCUGAAGUAAAGAAUGAAAAUUCGAUACACGUUAUCUUGACCGUGGCGAAAAAACUUGGUGUUGACCUAGAGGAACGUGAUGUGGUGCACGCUCAGCGUAUGGGACCUGCUGCAGCGGCGCCGGCGCCGGGCGGCGAGGAAGCGGCCGAGCGCGCGCGCCCCCGCCCGCUCGUCGCGCGUCUGGCUCGCCGCGCUACCCGCGACGCUCUGCUGCGUGCCGUGCGCGUUCGCCGAGGAGUUACUACCGAGGGAAUGAAUCUGCAAGAACGAGCGCCUUUUCGCUCUUUUUUUGUUAAUGAGAGACUCACAAAACGUAACCGGCAACUGUUCCAAAGAGUACGAGAAGCCGCAAAGCGUAUGCACUGGAAGUUCGUAUGGACAAGAGAGGGUAAAGUCUAUGCAAGGAAGGAGCAAGGGAAGGCGAGUGUACGACUUCGUUGUGACAAGGACAUUAUUGAGGUUUUUGGGGACUGCACUGUUGGUCCUACUUAA